CAACGGUCGGAUUCAGUAAGCGAACGGCUCUUAACGGCCACGAACGUGUUUUUCGUUCUUCGGUUCCCGCGCAUGCAUAUAUACGACAAUAUAUAUGUACCAUCCGAGACUGACCCGCGAGAAACAACGCUGUCGUCGGGUAUACGCAGUCGGUGAUCGGCGACCACGGCGACGUGACAGCAUAAGUCAGAUCGUACAACAACAACAACAACCGCGACACAGAUCCGCUUUUCAAGUUUCAUCACUACAUCAUUAUCCGCCUACAUCGCAUCCAAAAAAAGUUGUUCUUCCAUCCCGCUCUACAAUAUCAUCCCCGUCAUUUCGGUUUCGGUCCUUCAUCUUCGUUCCCGCAACUGUGGCUUUAAUCAAUCAAACUGGAUUCCAACAAGCAGUACGUGUCGCGAUUACAUCGCGGCUACCGGAGGCUUAAGAAACUAUUCAAGCGUGUGGCGAACCAGGCGCUUACCGCUUCGCCACAGCCGGCAGUAACGGUGGAGGGGCCGGUGUCUAGAAUGUCUCCACCGACGAACGACGUGACCAAUGGUGUGGUGGCGCCUCCCAGCACCCUGGCGCCCCGGGUUCCACCGACGACGAACCCGACCCUCACCACCAUCAACCCACCAACGCACAAGCGUAACCCAAAGGACUUCAUCUUUGGCAAGGUGAUCGGUGAAGGAAGUUUCUCUACCGUUUAUCUUGCCAAAGAUAUCCAUACCAGCAAGGAGUACGCGAUCAAGGUAUGCGAGAAGCGUCACAUACUCAAGGAGAAGAAGUCAGAAUACGUGAAGCGCGAGAAGGAUGUGCUGAACAUGCUCGCGGACGCCAAGCACUCGUUCGUGCGUUUGUUCUGCACCUUCCAGGAUAGUGAGAGACUCUACUUCGUCCUGUCGUACGCUAAAAACGGCGAGCUCCUGCCGUACAUCAACAAGGUGGGCUCCUUCGACAUCGAGUGCACCAAGUUUUACUCGGCCGAGAUUCUACGCGGUCUCGAGUACCUGCACGGACUCGGUAUCAUUCACCGGGAUCUCAAGCCGGAGAACAUUCUGCUGGACGAGAAGAUGCACGUGCUAAUCACCGACUUCGGCAGCGCCAAGAUUCUCGACGAUCCAGAAACGGUGCUGACGACGACGACGACGACGACGACUGCCUCGGACGGAGACCCAGACGCCCAGCAGCAACAGCAAUACCGCAGGGAACGCAGGGGCUCCUUUGUCGGUACCGCUCAAUACGUGUCACCGGAGUUACUGACCGACAAAACGGCGAGCAGGGCGUCCGAUCUCUGGGCCCUGGGCUGUAUCGUCUACCAGAUGGUCGCCGGCCUGCCGCCCUUCCGCUCCAGGAGUGAGUACAUGAUAUUCCAAAAGAUCCUGAAACUCGAGUACGAAAUACCGGACGGUUUCUGCGAGCUGGCAAAGUCGCUCGUCAGUCAACUCCUGGUUCUGGAGCCGACACAGCGACUGGGCGCUCUGGACGAGCAUGGCGCCGGUUAUCCCAGCAUUCGGGCGCAUCCCUUCUUCGAGGGCGUCGAUUUCGAGACCCUCCACGAGCAGACACCACCACCCAUCUAUCCGUAUCUUCCCGGCACGUCGGAGCAUGAGGAAUUGAGAUCGCAGUACAGAGUGCCCGACAAUCUCGAACCCGGUUUGGACGACAAACAGCUCACUAGACUCCUAGGACUCGGUAUCGGCGAGGAUACGGAUGAUGACGAUGAUGUCACCACCAAUACUACCGGUGUGGAACAGAGCGCCGUCAGCAAACCCGUCAGCAAGACUAUCGCGGCCGCGGUGAAGCCAAUAAGAAGGCGGAUCAACAACAACAUCGACGGCGGCGCUAAAAUCGCCGAUCUGACGCCGGAGCAGAUCAGGAUGCGGCUGGAAAAACAGCGUGCCACGAAUCAGUGGGACACCUUCGUCGAAGGCAAUCUGAUAUUGAAGCAGGGCUUUAUCAACAAAAGAAAAGGUCUGUUCACCAGACGGAGAAUGCUCCUGCUCACUACCGGACCGCACCUAUACUAUAUCGAUCCCAUCAAUAUGGUGCUCAAGGGCGAAAUACCCUGGAGCCCUGAAUUGAGGGUUGAGCCGAAAAAUUUCAAGAUCUUCUUUGUUCAUACGCCAAACAGGACGUACUAUCUCGAAGAUCCCGAGGGAUUUGCAUUGGAAUGGUGCAGAGCUAUCGAAGAGAUGCGGGUCCAUUGUUACGGCCUGCAGGAGACGACCGCCGCUUAGAAAGGGACGCUCGGGAGAGAUUCGAAAGACAAAACAUAUAGUGAGCAAUGGUAAAGUUAGUGAGUGGCGAUCACUAAGAUCGGACCAUAUCCGAUGAGAAAAGACGACGAAUCGAUUGUUCGCGUAUAUAGCCCGUUGUAAAAAGUAGACUAAUAGACUUGUCGCGCGC